CAAUCGCAUCCAUCCACCGUCGUCCAUCCAACCAAGCACGCAUCUCAGCCGUCCAUCAUGGCACCGAUCAAUCCCAGUAGCAGAAUCCCCGCCCCCCGGGGGACACCCGACUCCAGGACAACAGUGGCAGCAGGGGGAACGCCAUCCACACCCCGGUCAACAGCUUCCACAGCAG